AUGGCUCCUUUCCGCAUCCACUCUGUACGAAUCCCUCAGACCGACAACGCGUCACCUCUUACUCUGGCGAAGAAGCACGGCCUUGCGCGCCUUAAGGACAAGCUAUCCGCGUUCUACGCUCGGAAGCCGCAGGCUUAUGCUGUAGCCCGUCCGUGCUCGCCACCUAUCACCGCAUGCACUAUCAUGCCAGGCGUUCCGAAUAACAGUUGCCAGACUUCUGACGCAGCUUCCGGCAUCAUGAGCGACAUUACCAACCAUAGCGAUGAUGACAAGGACCUCGUCACCCCGAGCACGGUUGUCCCGCGUGUCCCUCACAAUAGCCGUCGUGCGUCGGACGCAGCCAACGAGUUCGAGAUUAUCAGCUCCAGCCACUAA